CCGCCCCUGGCUCCGGCCCUCCACCGCCCCUUCCUGUGAUGGCGGCCGGCGGCCCCCGGCAGCGCGGCGAGGCGGCGCGGGCCGGCCCCGCGGGGAGCUGAGCGGGGACGUUCCCAGCCCGGAGCCAGCGGCGCUGCCUUGCGCCGGGAGAUAUCGCUGAGGUCCCUGCGUUCCAGCACUUCCCUCGUUUAACUUCCCUGUGGGGUCGGCAGCAUGUCUUCUACCGGGCGCACCUCAAAAUUUUUCCUGGCCCUUGCUUCGCUGCUGCUGGUGCUGCCAGCGGUUGAAGCCAUGGAUGCAGGAGAUACGAUUGCCUUCCUGCUAGGCCUCGCUGUCAGCGUCAUUGGAUUCUGUGCCUGCCUCGGCUUGUAUGCCAGGAAAAGAAAUGGACAGCAAUGAUGUCGAGAAGAUGCUCAAAUGAAGUGUAUUUCCAAAUACUGCUUGGGGUUGAGGUCUGGGAAUUAACACUGUGUUCCAGUUCUGGAUAGCUUUCAAAAACUUCUAGUAGGUAAUUCUGCAAACCCCUCUUACUGUGCAAUACAACAAAUCGAGAUUGUACCCAGUAGAAGGGAUUUGUAGGAUCCUGUCCUCAUGACUUUAAGGUGAUUUUACAUUGCUUGUGAUUAAGUACUGCCUUAGCGAAGGGUAAAAAACUGUUUGAAUGGGGAAGGAAAACCAUAGAGUGGUUCACAGUAGAUGAUUACAAAUGAAAUGUGUGAGGGAGACCUUCAACAAGGUCUGCAAUUUUGGUUUCAGGGGUUAAUCAGGUGGAAGCAGCUAUUAGUCUUCCAGUCAGGAUGAUGGAGCUUUGGAAAUACCUCUAACGAGACAACUAGCGAGCAGACUGCUUUGACAUGUGUGCAUGUGCUCACAUUCUUUGUAAUGACAGUUAGUACCUAACAGCUCACUUCUGCUGUCACAGGGACAAGAUUUGGGAGAGCUAAGAAAACAUGGAAAACUUCAUUCUAUUGUAUUUUUAUUUUAGAAUGUGCCCCUUCUGUAGCCCAGGUUCUUGUUACCAGAAUGGGACCAUUAAUUUUCUUUAACGUGAAUUUUGCAUGUAAAACUACAUAAAUCAAAUAAGGGUUAUGUUUUGUUGUCACAUGUUUAUUAUUUGCACUCAGCUUUCCUUUAAGCACACAAGGUUUAAACUCUCUUUUUUUUUUCCUGAAAAUGAAGAUUUAGCUAUUUUACUGAGGAAUUAUGUGUAGUGUUUCUGCAUUGGAGGGUUGUUAGAAAUAUAUCAAGGCAGUUGUGCACAUUUCUUUUGCAAUAUGGAAACCACUUGCUUUGUUAAAAUCCGGGUUUUAGUCAACAGAUCUGUUGUUCUUGAGUGUCAUCCUCAUAACAAACUUAAUGUUAUUAGCUAAACAUUUAGGCUUCUUAUCUAUUGAUACAUUGGAGUUCCAUGGAAGAAUAGGACCAAAACCAAAGUAAACAGUCCUGAUGCAAAAUUCUAUUCAUACUCAGUCAGAUUGUGUUAUAUGGUCGAAAGAAUCUACUCAGUAGCACAUCUGGAACCCAAUUCUUUCUCUUAGUACCAAAGGAGAAAUGGCACAGCCAAGAAUCUCUAUCACAAAUCCCUCUGGCUUAUUAGGUUGCUGUCAGCUUGAUGCAAGGAAUACAGUCCAUAAAAGCAAAUAAAUAGCAGCGGAAUAAGCAGUGUAGGAAGGUGAACUCUCCACAGUUCACAUAAUUUCCUUCUGAUCUCGUGCUGUGGGCACUGCCACUCUUGCUAGAAAUCUUGGCUUUUAUCUUUUGGAGCUGGGGAAAAAGGUUAAAUGUGAUGCAAAGUUAUAUAUUUUGAUACUGAUCCUCCCCUUUCUGUGUAAAUGUCUCUGUUCACUAGAGCACAAAGCAAUGGCUAGAAGAAUUGUCAAGUAGGUCUUACCAUAAGUAAUUGGAUGGGCAGAUCAUGUUCUACAAAUUAUUUCUAUAGAUUUCUAUAUUCUGUAUGCCAUUUGUGGCUGUUUUGACUUCCCUCUCUAGCUUCUGAGGAGACAGAAGCCUUGUUCAUUUCAGUCUUGCAAUUUGUGUCUCUGUCUCAUGGUUGAUAGCGGGAGGAAGGUAAAAUUAAAGCUUCCAAAAUUUUGUGGGGUUGAAACUGUAGGACUCAACACAGCAAGCCGCAACAAUGGUGGUUUCUGCUCUCAAACUAUGGGAAUAAUAAUGGUCACAAAAUUGCUGUGAUGAAAUGUAAGCCUUGCAGUGUAGCUCUUCUCAAACCUCUUUUGUAACUUCCAAACAUCACAAUGGGACGUGGUGCACCAUUCUCAUACAUAUGAAUGAAAUUUACAGCCCUACAGGGAGCUUUGGUGUCACCUUCAAAGGCUGCCCUGGAGCAGUAGAUGGUCCAAUAUGUGAUUUUUUUGAGCUGGGUGGAUGCAAGCACACAUCAUGUGUGAUCUUCUGUAUUCCAGCUUGGCUAAACCAUUAAUACCCUUUCAAAACAAAAGAUAACAAAAAAAAAAACCUGACAAACUCAAUUCACUUUGUAUUUCCCAAAAUUUGAGAAGUCUGCCAAUUUUUCAAUAGAAUAUUAAAUAAUGCUCUUUCAAUAGAAUACGUUUUAUCACAAGCAGCUUUUCUCAGACUCCUUUAUCUUCACAUUGGAAAAGAUCCCUGGCAAUGGUUUCACAGGACUGUGCAACAGUUUCACUCCAGGAGAAUGAAAUUUUAGCAGAAUAAUUAGUGUCAGGCUGUAGGGAUAUGAGAAACUGUGGUGUUUGCCCGAAGCUUUAUGUCCUCCAUUGAAAGGUGUUUGCACAGCACAAUGGCGUUUCCUAGGCUCUGACAGAGCUUUAUUGUUGGCGAUUUGCAUUUGUCAAUGACUUGAGUGUAAAAUUGGAUAUCCCUCUUUUUCUUCUGUUUUAAUAAACUUUCACGUAUGAUUUGUUA